GAUAACUCUUUUUUUUCCCUUAAUUUGCUGCAAUCCACACACCAACAAUUUUUCAUCUCUUUUUAAAGGACAUGAAAAUCAUGAUUCAAGAACAAAACAAUAAAGGAGUUUCUUGAGAGUUCGGAGUUCUUUUUCUUGCGUUAUUUAUCCAAAUAACAAGAGAAAAAGAACUCUUUCAAUAACCAGAAGAAAAAAAUGAAAUCAUUCACAGGAACAACCCAAAAAUGCACAGUCUGCGAGAAAACUGUGUAUUUGGUUGAUAAAUUAGUAGCUAAUCAACGUGUUUAUCAUAAAGCCUGCUUCCGAUGCCAUCAUUGCAAUAGUACCCUCAAGCUUAGCAACUUCAAUUCUUUCGACGGAGUCGUUUAUUGUAGGCAUCACUUUGAUCAACUCUUCAAGAGAACUGGCAGCUUGGAAAAAAGUUUUGAUGGAACACCAAAGUUCAAGCCAGAAAGAACAUUUAGUCAAGAGACUCAGAGUGCAAACAGACUCUCAAGUUUCUUUGAGGGUACCCGCGACAAAUGUAAUGCGUGUGCCAAGAUCGUUUAUCCAAUCGAGCGGGUUAAGGUGGAUGGAACUGCAUACCACAGAGCUUGUUUCAAAUGCUGUCAUGGGGGGUGCACUAUAAGCCCAUCAAACUACAUUGCUCAUGAAGGCAGGCUUUAUUGCAAGCACCACCACAUCCAACUCUUUAAGAAGAAAGGAAACUACAGCCAACUCGAGGUCGAAGAAACGGUUGCAGCUCCUGCUGAAUCCGAAACCCAAAACGCCGAAACCCAAAACGCUGAAACCCAAAACGCUGACACCCAGAACACUGACACCCAAAAUGCAGCCGUUUAAUAGCUCGAUAUGAUGAAGUUUCAUUGCUCCGAGAUCUUAAGUUCAUGUCGUGUUAUAAACUGAACUAGCUCGCGAUUUUGUUUUUGUCCAACACUUGAUUGUGUUGUAUUCAAUCUAAUAAAUUUUGUUCUCAAAACAAACCCCUGAGUUGGAAUACCUGUAUUUUAAACAACAUGUUUCCUGUAUUAUUAAAAAAACAUGGCGCGGUUGAUACAGAA